UUGCUUCCGGGUUUGCUGGGCGGAAAGAUUACGUCCCUAGUCAGGCGGACACGCCCACACAAGUGUAAACUUUUCCCUCAUUACACCUGAAUUUUCUAAGAUUUCUAAUAUUUGUGUCAAAAAGUAAAACUUUAACAAUUUUCAACAAGUGAAGUCAAGAAAUGGGUGAUUUUGACAAAGUGUUUCAAAGAAGACGUCUGUGGAUACAUUAAACAUGCCUGAGCCUGGAGCAUCGCACAGCAGCCAACCAACAGAGGGCGCCAGAUGUCAGGUGAAGAGUCAUGUCCUACAGUGAGCCCGAGGACAUGCUCUGGACAGGGAGGGGAGAGCACAGCUCUAUCUAUGCACCCUAACUCACUGCGUGGGACCUCAUUGGCAAAUGAUCCUUGUAUGAGAGAGUGCAUCUCCAUCCACGUGGGCCAGGCUGGCGUGCAGACGGGCAAUGCCUGCUGGGAGCUCUUCUGUCUAGAGCACGGGGUGGGGCCUGAUGGGGUGUUUCUGGAGGGUCCCACGGAGCCAAACUCACGAGAAGACCCCUUCAACACCUUCUUCAACACGGGCAGCUCCGGCAGACAUGUCCCCCGGGCUCUGUAUGUGGAUCUAGAGCCCACUGUGGUUGAUGAGGUUCGUGUGGGUCGGUACAGAGGGCUCUUCCACCCGGAGCAGCUCAUCUCGGGGAAGGAAGAUGCAGCCAACAACUAUGCCCGCGGUCACUACACAGUGGGGAAGGACAUCAUCGAUGACGUCAUGGAGAGGAUCCGCAAAAUGACAGAUCAAUGCACUGGGCUGCAGGGUUUCCUGGUCUUCCACAGUUUCGGAGGAGGCACUGGCUCUGGAUUCACCUCUCUGCUGAUGGAACGCCUCUCUCUGGAUUUUGGCAAAAAAUCCAAACUCGAAUUCUCUGUUUACCCUGCCCCUCAGGUCUCUACCGCUGUGGUCGAACCUUACAAUGCCAUCCUGACCACCCACACCACUCUGGAGCACUCUGAUUGUGCAUUUAUGGUUGAUAAUGAAGCUAUCUACGACAUAUGCCAGCGUAAUUUGGAUAUCGAAAGCCCUGGGUAUAUAAAUCUUAAUAGACUUAUCGCUCAAAUUGUCUCCUCCAUCACUGCUUCUCUUCGCUUUGACGGAGCGCUAAACGUUGAUCUGACCGAGUUUCAAACCAACUUGGUGCCAUAUCCCCGGAUCCAUUUCCCGCUGGUGACAUAUGCUCCAAUCAUUUCAGCGGAGAAGGCAUACCACGAGCAGCUAACAGUUUUGGAGAUCACUAGUGCAUGUUUUGAACCGUUGAAUCAGAUGGUGAAGUGUGACCCUCGCCGUGGGAAGUACAUGGCGUGCUGCCUCCUGUAUCGUGGCGACGUUGUGCCCAAAGAUGUGAACGCUGCCAUUGCCAACAUCAAAACCAGACGCUCAGUUCAGUUUGUGGACUGGUGCCCCACUGGGUUCAAGGUUGGCAUUAACUACCAGGCCCCCACUGCUGUCCCCGGUGGAGACUUGGCUAAAGUGCAGCGGGCAGUGUGCAUGCUCAGUAACACCACCGCCAUCGCCGAGGCCUGGGCACGGCUGGACCAUAAGUUUGACCUGAUGUACGCCAAGAGGGCCUUCGUGCACUGGUACGUGGGUGAGGGCAUGGAGGAGGGGGAGUUUGCUGAAGCCAGAGAAGACCUGGCCUGUCUGGAGAAGGACUACGAGGAAAUGGGCAAAAACAGCUCUGAUUCUGAAAAUGAAGAGGAUGAUCAAGAAUAUUGAAUGUUUAGAAGUGACAUGUGUGGAGAAUGGGCUGUACAAUAUAUUGCAAAAGUAUUGAUAUUGCAACUGGUUUUUGUUUUGUUUUGUUUUGUGUUUAUGGUGAUCCAUGUAAUUUUUCUUGUAAGAACUCAGAUACCUGCUUGCCUCCAUAGCCACGUUAAUGCUUUGCCUGGAAUGUUACAGUAUGGUGGUGUUUUUCGAACUGUGGUACAUGGGCCGUCUUUGGUGGUAUACAGGUCCUCUACAGUUUGAUUUUUUAUUAUUAUUAUUUU